ACGUCCAUUGUAACCAUCAUGAUCAAUCCAACACUACAAGUCAUUCCAGGCAGCGCUUUGGGCCAGAUCGCCCUCGACGACUCCCUCUACCACGUCCUCAACCUCCUCCGUGCGGGGCGGAAGUCGUUCUCUGGAUUUUCUGUCGUGUAUAGCGAUGAGUCACUACAUAGCUCACAUAUCAUCGUCAACAUCGAUAUCGGCGUCCGGUUACGGUUCGAAAGUGCGAGCCAGAAGUUACGGUUGAUUGAGGUGUUGGAUUUCGCUGGGUGUAGGAUGACUUAUAAUGGGGGUGAAGUGAGUCGGUCGGGAAAGCCGUCUUUUAGAAGUGUCUAUAAGCUGUUUGGACCCACGUAUCCGGGGGACUAUGAUGAGGAGCAUGAGCAGUACGUUGUUUCGUGGCCGGGUGUCGCCUUUACUUUCCCAUUACCAAUUCACCUCUACAAGAAAGACCUGGAUUUUGUGUCGACGCUUUCGGCGCCGAGUGCGUUGCCUGCGACCGCAAUGGCGAUAUUUCAGGGUUCGAAUUGGGGCGAGGCACAGGCGAAGCUGGGGGAUAUUGUGGGGCGGCCACAGAGUUCGAGUAGUCGAUCGAGGGGGAGUCAGAGGUGUGGGGAUGUGGAAAGGGUUGUUGUACAUGUUGGAAGUCAUGCCGCGAUUGAGACUGGGUUGGAUACACCGACAUCGACCAUUUAUUUUGGAAGUUCGACGGUGCAGGAUGUCGUUAUGGAGCUUGGUCCGCCCGAGGAGGUGUUCAAGAAGUAUGAUAACCGGAUGAAUAUUCACCGUGUGGAUCGGAAGGCGUCGCCAUCCUCCUCGCUUGGUGAUAUCGAGAGCGACGACCAUGCCGAAGCUGACUACUUCUACAACUAUUUCAAGAAUGGGAUCGAUGUGUUGUUUGAUGGGCGGGAGCAUGUGGUGAAACAGGUCGUGUUGCAUGGGAAUUUGCCGGCUGCGUUUGAUUUUCAGAGGUGGAGGCGGGUACAGUGGACGGCGCAGAUUCCUGACAGGGAUGAUUGCCAUACGGAGGAUUCGAUUACGUCCGAGAUGGAGUUUGGGCAGGUAAAGACGAAGUUGUCGAGGCGGUAUGGUGGAGCUGGUGAUCCCAUGAUCUUGAACAGAGGAUCCAAUUCGCCGACGAGUUCGUGCGAGUUGGUCGGUGACGGUGAAGAGGGGAAGGAGAUGUCCAACACUGCGUGGGCGACGACAGAGUUGUAUGGAUGGCCGAAUAUGAUUUUUGAGGUUUUGAGAGGGAGUGGUAUUUCACGAUUAACGGUAUUCUAA